AUGACCGACACAGCUAUCGAUUCUACAGUCGCUUACCGCGGCCUGGUUCGCGAUUUGCUAGCGAAAGCAGCUGAAGUUAAAAAUGGGCAUAAUAUCGAACCGCCAGUCACAGAAGCCAGUCUAGGUGACUUGGUUGAGCGUGCAUACCUCAAGAAUGGCAAAAUUCAAGCCGAAACAGCCAAACAAACGAACCUUGCCGCUGUCGAAACCGCAUUUCGAGAAAAGUUCUACGAGUUGCUGGCUUCCACUCCGAUAGACGAUCCUGCGUUCGUCAACAUCUGGAAUCUUCUCGAUAUUGUUUCGAUAUUCUCGGAUAACGAACAAUGCGAGGCCGGCCUUAUCUUUUGGCUCAUCGAAGAGCUUCUUGACAGCCAGACGGUUGACGGUUGCCGCAAGGUAUUUGACUAUUUGGAGUCGCGCAGAGAGAUCAAUACGGCGAAACAUUUUGAGUCGAAGAAGCUAAUCAUUCUACGAUCGUGCAAUGAGCUACUCCGUCGGCUCUCGAGAGCGGAGGAUACUGUCUUUUGCGGACGGGUGUUUAUCUAUAUGUUUCAGAGCUUUCCACUUGGAGACAAGAGUUCAGUCAACCUUCGCGGAGAAUUUCACACUGAGAACAUUACAACGUUCGACACGAUUGUGAAGACAUCCCAGGAAGAUGUUAUGGACACAGAACCAACUGAAUCGAAAAACACAACAGAGAAGACCCCCCCAGCCGCGCAAGGCGAAUCAAUCAACGAGAGCGAAAGCACCCAAGCUGUGAAGGAAGGGACUCCCACGGUAGCAGAAGCUAUUCACGAGAAGAAGGAAGCCGACCCAUCCAAGGCCGUCGACCUGGAUGCGCUUUAUCCGAUCUUUUGGAGCCUGCAGGGUUUCUUUUCGGCACCUACCAGAUUAUUCAAUUCUGAGAAUUUUGCGUCCUUUCGUACUGGUCUAGAGAAAACACUUUCGACAUUCAAAUUGAUGAACACGGUCACUGAUACAUGGAGCACUGCGAAAGCACCAGACGAGAUCCGGAGAGGCUUAAAGCGGAAGCGUAAUGGCGAGGGGGUGGAUAUUGCUAGCAGUUUCAAUCCAAAGUAUCUGACAAGCCGUGAGCUGUUCGAUCUAGAGAUCAAUGACAUCGCAUUCCGCCGUCAUGUUCUAGUUCAGGCACUGAUCCUACUCGACUUCAUCCUGUCGUUGACACCGCAGGCUCGGCAAAGGCUUCUGAAGUUAGUACAGCCUGGGAAAGCUCUGAACAAGACGGUACUUUAUCAAUAUACUGUUAGCGAAGAAGACGCCAAAUGGGCGGCACAGACUAGAGAUGUCGUUGCAGACUACCUGCAGCAAGGUAGUGAUGGCAAAUUUUACUACAGGAUGGUUGAUACGGUUCUUUCCCGAGACAAAAAUUGGGUGCGCUGGAAGGUUGAAAACUGCCCUCCAAUUGAAAAACCGGCAAUUCAAGCAGACGACUACUUCCAGGCACGUGGAAAUGCAUCUAAAGUGUUUACCAGCAAGCGCCUGAGAGCCGCGCCUAUGGGCUCACUCGAUCUCACGUUCUUGACCGACGGAAAUAGUAUCUCCAGUCUUGAACAGUUGAAGGAACCGGAUCGGUAUAGCACGCCCGCUCCAGACUCGUUCAUGAUGGGUAUCGUAGACGAUGAAUUCGACAUUGACAUGGCCAAAGAUAAAGACGAAAAGGAGGCUGCAGAGCGAGCAAAGGCCAGCAAACUAUGGCGAACAUUGCGACUAGCCUCGAGGAGCAAGCUUCUUGAGUUUGAGAAAAUUGAGGAUGGCAAGAAAAUCAGCCUUCUAUUUGAGACACCGACAUUGGAAUCAAAAGAAUCGAUCUCGGAAGAUUCACAAAAGAAAUCAGAUACCCCUCGUGAAACAAAGGACGAGCAAGAGUCUACGUCACUAGACACACCAACGCAACAGGCGGAUGGUGCCACGGCGACUUGA